UUCUUUGCUUUACUUCUCCCCCUCCUCAUCUAAAGGAGGCGGAGUGAGAGAGCGGUUGUGGGGUUUAGCUGCCCAGCACGGUAAAACCACCACACAUGUUCUCCAGUAAUCCAUCCAGAAAGCAUUUCAGGAGAGGAUCUGGGCAAAGUCCUUGAUAAUUCAUAAACGCAGUAAGGCUGGAAAGCAACACAGACCAUCCCUAAAAGCAAAAGGGCAGGCUUCGUUCGGGACCCAGCAGCUGCUCGCUGCAGGAGCAUCUCCAGGCGGGUGCCGUUGCCCGCCUCGCCCAGGAGAUGGAGAUGAGAGCGCAGCACAGCGCGGCCUCUUGCAGGAGGCAGCCCGGAGGGUGAAGUGGGACCAAACUGCACCUGGCACAUCAGGGAUGGGGCCGGGAGGGCAGCAGGGGAGGAUAAGGCCCGCUGCUGGAGGCAGGGGGUAGGCACGGAGCCCCUUGAGGAGACGUCUUCUGAGCUGAGGAGGAGGCGGCAGCAAUCUGACGUUGAAGGACGCUUAAAACCAGCCCCAGGGCUGUGCUGGAGACAGACAACAAAGCCAGAAGCUCGGAGCAGCUGCCCAGGACACGGCAGUGAUGCCCUUACCACAGUAUUACCACACUGUGUGGCUCCAGCUCUAAAGGCAGACAGAGUUUGGGCUUCCAGAAAUACAAAAACACCUGACACCCCCACCUGAUCUCAGCCAGAUUGCUAAUACACAACCUUCCCACCUGCUUCUUGCUGCCUCCACCAUCUAGUGCUGAGCUAUGUCACCCUGAUGGAUGUGGCUGAAGCUACAGUACCUCCCGUGCUGCAGGGAUCUCUGUCUCAGAGAGACAAAUGUGACCCUUGCGUCUCGGACCCACCUCUAAAUGUGAGAAGCUUUUGUUGCACAUAAGCUCCAAACCACACAGCUGAAGCUGCACUGACCAACAUAGCUGAAAUCGUCAAAGUGCUCUGCCUCUUCUUGGUUAACCUGUACCUACUACCUGGAGGGGGGCCAGGAUGUUUGCCUUCCUCCAGUGAUUCUCUGGAUCAGUGAGGCCUUGCAACCAUUUGGCCAGGGAACGGAAACCCUUCCAGGUGGGCACAUUUCAGCACAGCCACUGGAAAUGCAUAAACCAGCUGUGCCUGUUGCUGUGGGGAAAGAGUUUUGUCUCCUAGAACAAGCAAACAGGCACCACCUUACAUCAGCCUCGUGGCUUCACAGUCUGGGGAGGCUAACGCUGUUCUGAUUAAAUUCAGUUUAGUGCAUUAAUUUCCUGGGAAGUUCAUCUUCUAUCCAGAGAAGGUACCUUAGCUGGUAGAAGACAGCAGUGUUAUCACACAGAAAGAUUCUACCCACCUACAUUCCCUGCCUGGAGGGAAGGAGGGAUUGCCAGUAUCUCCUAGAGGAAAGAUCUUAAGCUGUUAGGUAGCUUUUUAUUUUUUUUUUCCUCUUGGAUAAAAUCCUCACUGUCAGAUCAGAACCAGGCAUGAAAAUCACUCGGCUUAUACUUUGUGCAAGUUCUGCCAUAGGUUUUCUUGCAUAGUGGUACUGUGAGAAGUGUACAGAAAGCACACAUUGAUACCAUUUCCUCUGCGUUCACCAAUUCUCAGCACAGGAAGAAGCUCUGUGCUAUGAAGAAGUGCUCUGUGCUAUUUGUAGCUGCAGUAAGGAACCUCCAGGAGCCUAGGAAGAGCGGUGGCUCUGACUGCUGAGGAUCACUGGCAGGGGAUGAUGAGGAUCUCACAGCAAGCAAGAUGGUGCAGGAGACCUGCAUCAUCCAGACACGCAAGAGCUGCCUUGGAAGAGAUCUGGAAGACCAUUUACAUCGUCGUCCUGCUCACCAUCACUGCAGUCACAGGAGCCACAGGAAACAGAACGGCAGCACAAGCGGGUCACAGCGCUGUGAUGACCUGCCCUCACAGAACAGGAGCAACUAUGGUGACGUGGAAAAUAAGCCCCAAGAUAGGAGGCCCUUGCACCUUGGUAUUCAGGGCUGAUCAGAACCUGGUGCACAGAACAAACUGCAGUGACAGCGUGAAAAGUGAGUUCAAACCAGAACAGUUUUAUGCCCUUGAGAUACAGCAAGUGGGAAUGGCUGAUGAAGGGAAUUACAGCUGCGAAGUGGUAAAUCAGGAAGGGAAUUUCCACCAGAUGUACCAGCUGACCGUGCUAGUGCCCCCAAGGCUGUCCCUGUACUGUGACAACCACAGCAUCCCUGUGUGCGAGGCAGCGGCAGGGAGACCGGCUGCUGAGAUCUUGUGGGUCCCAGAGAACAGCUCCACGACUGAAAUAGACAGCCACGACAACGGGACAGUGACCGUGCUCAGCAGGUUCACAGCACACAGCACCGACAGGAAGACUGUAACCUGCAAGGUGUACCACGCAACUCUGAAUGAGACCAUGUCCACAGACUGUUCCUCAUCACAGAGUGACCUUAUCCUGUAUAUAGCCAUCGCUCUUGGUUUCCUGAUCAUUAUCACCUUCAUGGCUGUCAUUUACUACUUUAAGCUCCACGGUUGCAGACUCUGUCACAAAACCAAACCUCCUGAUACUUCUCUUACACAUUCCUUAGAGGAUGACACAACAGAGGUGGAACCUUAUACUACUUACGUGCAGAAGGAAAACACAAUUUACAACUCAGUGUCAGACCUGACAGGGGGGCAGAAUCUUCCAUAAGGACUGUCAACAGCAAAAUGAGUGAUUCAACAACACUGGAAAAGGGGAGAGACACUUUACAAAAGACUGGUCAUAGAAAGAAACUUCUGAGAGGAUUUCUUCAGAUUCAGGGGCAACAUAGCUCACUAGGUCUCUUCAAAGACCUAUGCUUAUUGAUGAGUCUGCACAGUUCUUUCUUCCCAUUUUGCCUUUUUCCUUGGGAAAGCAAACAGGUUUCCUGUUUUUCCUUGGGGAAGUUUGACUGACAUCAAGCUAUAGAUUUUCCCGGAAAAAAAAAAUAAAUGUUGUAAUCAGUCUUCCCUUUGCUAUUCUUCAAUCGGAGAUACUAGUUUUGUCAGUCACUUGUAGGCAUUACUUUGACACAUUUGACACUAUCUUGCACAGACUUGGGAGAUGGGAAGAGUGUUUAAGCUAAAAUGAAACGCUCUCCAGGCAACAGACACUUUGUUCUAAUUUACAAAUGACUCAUAUAAGGGCUUUGAGUAUGGAUAAUCACAGAAAAGUUUUAACUGGUAAAAAGUAUCUGUAGGGAAGACCUUUCAUCUCCCAGUUCAGAAAAUUGAAAUGAGUGAUGAAUUUAUAAGUUCAUCCACUAAAAAAGAGACUUCACUAGCAUGUUGAAUUCACUUGUUAGGUUUCUAUUCAGUAUUUCCACUAAACAUGUUCAUUAGGUAAGACAAAUUAUUGUUAUGAUUACUUUUCCCUAAGAUUCUCUGAAGGAAGAGUAUUCCUCUCUUUCUUAAGAGUAUUGGCAUUAAGAUAUGGUAAAAAAUCAUGUUACUCAAAUCUGGUAAGCUAUUUUUAACAGAAACUAACAGCAAAUAUUUCACAACGAAACAAGUUCAAAUGUAUCACCUACAACUGUGCAAUAAUGUACAAAAAGGAUAACAUUCCUGCUACCUGUUGUCAUAUUUAUUUUUACUAGCACAACUGAAGAUAUUUUCAUGAAUAUGUCUAGAUCUUUUAUUGAUAUUUUUAAAUGUACUUUCAAGCUCACUUUGUUGUAUGUAAAUUAGCUUGUAUAUCUUAAUGUGUCUCAUGUUAAGGUGACUUCUCACCUUCCCAAAAUAUUCUUUGGGAAUAAGUCAAAUAAAUUGUUCUCUAUAUACUAGUGUUUCUCAAACGUUUUGAAUUGAUGCCUUACUACCUAAAUUAUGAACUGGCUUUACAGUAAGAAUAAAGAGAUCCAUCUGUAAA